CGAAGAGUUUGUCAAGCAGGAUGCCAUGGCGCCAUGUCGAAAGGCGUGGCGCCAGAUGCUAUUUCUUUGAGCCGCUGGCUCAAGGGCCGGAGCUGGCCACAGGCAUUGCUCCUCUUUCAGAAGACCCAGCAAAGCCGGGUCCAACCAGACUUGGUUGCUGUCAAUUCUCUUCUCGCUGCACUGCGACCAGCGUGGGCCUGGGCAUUGUGCAUCCUCGGCGGCGCUGCAAGGCGCUUGAACAUCGUUUCCACCAGCACAGUAAUCAAAACCCUCACAGAGAAGUGGCUGCGGGGCCUUGAUCUUCUGCGUUUCUCGCAGCAGCGAAGACUUCAGGCAGAUCUUGUUGCCGUCAACUCCCUGCUCAUCAGCAGCUGCAAAGGACAAGAAUGGGAACGUUCAUUGGAGCUGGCUGCUGAGAUGCACCGUGCCAAUUUGGGCGCCGACUGCUACACCCAAGACGCAACACUCAUGGCUGCCACACGAGGGCAAAGAUGGACUCUGGCGCUGCAACUGUCAUCAUUCGCUAGCCUUACUAGCCUUGUGAGCUACAACGCUGCGUUGAAUGCGCUCUCCAAGUCUUUGAAGUGGUCAAACACACUCGCCUUGCUGAUGUUUGCUGAAGCCACACGAAUGGUGCUGGACUACCAGGCACUUUGCGUGGGCCUCGGCGCCAUGUCCUUUCGCUGGCGAAGAGCUUUGAGCAUAGUGAGAAGAUCAGGGCAGGCUGAGAGCUUUCUGCCAGUGGUGGUGCAGGCCCUCGCUGCGGCAUCUGAAAGUGCGCAGGCAAUAAAGUUACUCCGCUCAGCACGGCAAAGUCCUGGCCUGGUCACCUUCAAUGCAGCGCUGCGUGCCUGCAAAGAGGCAAACGAGGCCUUGGCGCUACUGGACGAUGCGCAGCAGGCAUCGCUGCAGCCAACUUGCGUUAGCUUGAUCGCUGCCUGCUCAAACACUCACGGCUGGCAUUCCCGGCAGGUGCUCUCUCGGCUCCAGCAGUACCUUGGCCACGAGUGCCAGGAAGAUGUCAACGCCUUGGUCUCUGCUGCAGAUCUCCUGCAGGAGAGCCAGGCGCUGACAGCCCCAUGCCAAGGCGUUUGCCAGAGCCUUGCUUCUGCGCCCGCGGUGAAGCGGCUGAUUGCCAUUCUUCAUCAAGGGGUGCCGCCUGGGCGCUUCAAAGAUCCAAUCCUGGAGCGGCAGCAGUCUUUGGGGGUCGCGACCCAGCACGCUCUGCAGGAGCUCCGAUUCCGCUCUCGCGGCGGCUGCUGGGUGCCGCAAGCGCAGCGCGCCCUGCGUACAGCCUGCGGCGCCGCUGCAAAGCUGAAGGCCUCAGCGCAGUUGGCCUGGACCCAGGCAGGCGCUUUUGCAGCCGACGUAACUUGGUCGAAGUGGGAAGGAGUGAAAGGCAGGCGCAUUGGCAGCCUUGGCUUUCUCAAGGGCGCGCAGCAACAGCUAUGA